GUCUCUCAGACUGUACAGGCAUUAAAAUUUUGCUUGGCAUUGCUCAAAAGCAAAAGAAAAGUAAAAGGAAGAAAUAAGAGCAAGGAAAAAGAUUGAACUGAUUUUAAAAUCAUGCAAAAACUGCAAAUCUAUGUUUAUAUUUACCUGUUUGUGCUGAUUCUUGCUGGUCCAGUGGAUCUAAAUGAGAACAGCGAGCAAAAAGAAAAUGUGGAAAAAGAGGGGCUGUGCAAUGCAUGUACUUGGAGACAAAACACUAAAUCUUCAAGAAUAGAAGCCAUAAAAAUUCAAAUCCUCAGUAAACUGCGCCUGGAAACAGCUCCUAACAUCAGCAAAGAUGCUAUUAGACAACUUUUGCCCAAAGCUCCUCCACUCCGGGAACUGAUUGAUCAGUACGAUGUCCAGAGAGAUGACAGCAGUGAUGGCUCUUUGGAAGAUGAUGAUUACCACGCGACGACGGAAACAAUCAUUACCAUGCCUACAGAGUCUGAUCUUCUAAUGCAAGUGGAAGGAAAACCCAAAUGUUGCUUCUUUAAAUUUAGCUCUAAAAUACAAUACAAUAAAGUAGUAAAGGCCCAACUGUGGAUAUAUCUGAGACCCGUCAAGACUCCUACAACAGUGUUUGUGCAAAUCCUGAGACUCAUCAAACCCAUGAAAGACGGUACAAGGUAUACUGGAAUCCGAUCUCUGAAACUUGACAUGAACCCAGGCACUGGUAUUUGGCAGAGCAUUGAUGUGAAGACAGUGUUGCAAAAUUGGCUCAAACAGCCUGAAUCCAACUUAGGCAUUGAAAUCAAAGCUUUAGAUGAGAAUGGUCAUGAUCUUGCUGUAACCUUCCCAAGACCAGGAGAAGAUGGGCUGAAUCCAUUUUUAGAAGUUAAGGUAACAGACACACCAAAACGAUCCAGAAGAGAUUUUGGACUUGACUGUGAUGAGCACUCCACAGAAUCUCGAUGCUGUCGUUACCCUCUAACUGUGGAUUUUGAAGCUUUUGGAUGGGAUUGGAUUAUUGCACCCAAAAGAUAUAAGGCCAAUUACUGCUCUGGAGAGUGUGAAUUUGUAUUUUUACAAAAAUAUCCUCACACUCAUCUUGUACACCAAGCAAACCCCAGAGGUUCAGCAGGCCCCUGCUGUACUCCCACAAAGAUGUCUCCAAUUAAUAUGCUAUAUUUUAAUGGCAAAGAACAAAUAAUAUAUGGGAAAAUUCCAGCCAUGGUAGUAGAUCGCUGUGGGUGCUCAUGAGAUUUACAUUUGGUUCAUAACUUCCUAAAACAUGGAAGGCCUUCCCCUCACAAUUUUGAAACUGUGAAAUUAUGUACCACAGGCUAUAAGCCUAGAGUAUGCUACAGUCACUUAAGCACAAGCUACAGUAUAUGAACUAAAAGACAGAAUAUAUGCAACGGUUGGCAUUUAACCAUCAAAAUAAAUCAUACAAUAAAAAGGUUUAUGAUUUCCAGAGUUUUUGAACUAGGAGAUCAAAUUACAUUUAUGUUCAUAUAUA